CAAGAUUUCUUUGCUAUUUUUUCUAAUUCUCUUUGCAGAUUUCAGAUUUCUACGAAUCGGUUGCGCUCUCCCUCAAUCUUGAGCUCGUAUCUGAAGAUGUCAAACGAAGCAAUGGAUGUUCCGAAAACCGGAUUCAGUUUCGACUUGUGUAGGAGAAACGAUAUGCUGGCGAAGAAAGGCCUCAAAUCUCCGUCGUAUCUCAAAACGGGAACUACCAUCGUUGGUUUAAUCUUUGAGAAUGGUGUCAUUCUUGGAGCAGAUACCAGAGCCACUGAGGGUCCCAUUGUUGCUGACAAGAACUGCGAAAAAAUUCAUUAUAUGGCACCAAACAUUUACUGCUGUGGAGCUGGAACUGCUGCUGAUACAGAAGCUGUUACAGACAAUAUCAGCUCUCAGCUGAAGCUGCAUAGAUAUCAUACUGGUCGUGAAUCAAGGGUUGUAACGGCACUUACUCUAUUGAAGUCUCAUCUUUUCCGCUAUCAAGGUCAUGUAUCUGCUGCUUUGGUACUUGGCGGAGUUGAUGUGACAGGCCCACAUCUACAUACCAUCUAUCCUCAUGGAUCAACCGACACACUCCCAUUUGCCACAAUGGGCUCUGGUUCUCUUGCUGCAAUGGCUAUCUUUGAAUCGGAGUAUCGUGAAGGGCUUACUAGGGAUGAAGGAGUGAAUUUGGUAACCAAGGCUAUAUGCUCUGGCAUAUUUAAUGACCUGGGAAGUGGAAGCAAUGUAGAUGUCUGUGUGAUAGAAAAGGGUAAGAAGGAAUAUCUGCGGAAUCAUCUGACUCCAAAUCCCCGUACUUACAUCAGUUCAAGAGGCUAUACAUUCUCAAAAAAGGCUGAAGUUCUUCUUACAAAGAUUACACCACUGAAGGAGCUGGUUGAUGUAGUUCAAGUGGGAGGAGAUGCCAUGGAAGAAUAAAUUUGUCAAUUUUAAGGUUUAUUUAAGCAAACUAUGUUCUCUUUUCUUUUAGAAUCAGUCGCUUGAGUUUUCAAUCAUGAUCGGACUUACGUCUCAGUGAUUUUAAUCCUGUUGUUUUGUAUUAACUCGUGCUAAGCUUGUUCGAUUACCACAAUUUAAAGAUUGACUACAGAAAUUUCUA